GUCCCCGUGGCGUCCUGCCCCGGGCGCGAGGCAAGACGGGAAAUUCAAGAUGGACCCUUCUAUUUGAGUUCCGCCCAUCCGUCUUCGUUUCCCCGCUGUGGCCCGUUCUUCCUCCGGGAAAUAAUGUUGAUAUUUGGAACCCAUGUCGAACUUCUCUGAAGAAAGGGCAACGAUGAUUGCAGCCGGGGAUUUGCAGGAAUUCGUUCCUUUCGGUCGCGACCACUGCAAGCACCACCCUAAUGCUCUGAACCUUCAACUUCGUCAGCUGCAGCCAGCCUCUGAAUUAUGGUCUUCUGAUGGUGCAGCUGGCUUGGUGGGAUCUCUUCAGGAGGUUACAAUCCAUGAGAAACAGAAGGAAAGCUGGCAGUUAAGAAAAGGUGUGAGCGAGAUUGGAGAUGCAGCCGACUACGAUGAAGAGCUCUAUGUGGCUGGGAACAUGGUUAUCUGGAGCAAAGGGAGUAAAAGCCAGGCACUGGCUGUGUACAAAGCUUUCACAGUGGACAGCACUGUCCAGCAGGCAUUGUGGUGUGACUUCAUUACAUCACAGGAUAAGUCUGAAAAGAUCCACAAAAGCCAUGAAGUAGAGAAAUGCAUAUGUAUAUUACAGAGCUCAUGUAUGAACAUGCACAGCGUAGACGGGAAGGACUAUAUAGCUUCCUUACCAUUUCAGGUGGCAAAUGUUUGGGCCACUAAAUAUGGUUUGCUGUUCGAACGAAGCAGUUCUUCACAUGAGGUGCCUCCAAGUCUACCUAGAGAACCUUUGCCUACUAUGUUCAGCAUGCUACACCCACUGGAUGAAAUAACUCCACUUGUUUGUAAAUCUGGAAGUCUUUUUGGCUCGUCACGGGUGCAGUAUAUUGUAGAUCCCGCAGUGAAGAUUGUGUUCCUCAACAUCGACCCCUCCAUUGUAAUGACCUAUGAUGCUGUUCAGAAUGUGCAUUCCGUGUGGACUCUGCGGAGAGUAAAGCCAGAGGAGGAGAAUGCUGUUUUAAAGUUCCCGGAGCAGGCAGGGACCCUUCAGAAUGCAGCCACUAGCAGCUCCCUCACAGCACAUCUCCGAAGCCUCUCCAAAGGCGAAUCCCCCGUGGCUUCCCCUUUCCAGAAUUACUCCUCCAUUCACAGCCAGAGUCGCUCUGCCUCGUCUCCAAGCCUGCACUCCCGCUCGCCUUCCAUCUCCAACAUGGCGGCUCUCAGCCGUGCUCAUUCUCCUGCCUUAGGGGUGCACUCUUUCUCAGGGGUGCAAAGAUUCAACCUUUCAAGCCAUAAUCAGUCGCCAAAGAGACACAGCGUUUCUCAUUCUCCAAGUGGCAGUUUUAAUGACUCAUUUUUGGCAUCAGAAACGGAGCCUAUUGUUCCUGAGCUGUGCAUUGACCACUUGUGGACUGAAACACUUCCUAGUACAAGAGAGAAAAACUCUCAUGCCACCAGGUAUUUAUAAACAACUGACCUGUGUGGACAGAAGUUCUUGUGCUUUUUAGUGGAGGCUCAACUCCAGUUACGUUGUGUCAAGUUUCAAGAGAGUAAUGACAAGACCCAGCUCAUCUUUGGCUCUGUCACCAAUGUCCAUGCAAAAGAUGCAGCCCCAGUGGAGAAGAUAGACACCAUGUUGGUACUAGAAGGCAAUGGGAACUUGGUGCUGUACACAGGAGUGGUUCGGGUGGGGAAAGUUUUUAUUCCUGGACUUCCAGCUCCUUCCUUGACAAUGUCCAACAUGAUGCCUCGGCCUAGUACACCCCUAGAUGGUGUAACUACUCCCAAGCCUCUUGGUAAACUACUUGGAUCAAUGGAUGAGGUGGUUCUGUUGUCUCCAGUUCCAGAACUGAGGGAUUCUUCAACAAAACUUAAUGAUUCCCUCUACAAUGAGGAUUGCACUUUCCAGCAGCUUGGAACUUUCAUUCAUUCUGUGCGAGACCCUGUUCAUAACAGAGUCACUCUAGAACUGAGUAAUGGCUCCAUGGUUAGGAUCACUAUCCCUGAAGUGGCUACCUCGGAAUUAGUACAAACGUGUCUGCAAGCAAUUAAGUUCAUCCUGCCAAAAGAAAUAGCAGUUCAGAUGCUCGUCAAGUGGUACAAUGUCCACAGUGCUCCGGGAGGACCCAGUUACCACUCAGAAUGGAGUUUAUUUGUGAUCUGUCUCUUGAACAUGAUGGGUUAUAACACAGAUCGCUUAGCAUGGACCCGAAGUUUCGACUUUGAAGGAUCACUUUCCCCAGUCAUUGCACCCAAAAAAGCGAGGCCUUCUGAUACUGGAUCCGAUGAUGACUGGGAAUACUUACUGAAUUCAGACUACCAUCACAACGUUGAGUCUCAUCUUCUGAACAAAUCUUUAUGUUUGACUACUUUGGAAAGUUCAAGGGUGAAAGAAGAAGAUUUUUCGCAGAACCUUAGUCUGGAUUCUUCAACUCUUCUCUUUCCUCACAUCCCUGUGAUUUUCUUUGUUCUUCACCUUGUCUAUGAAGAGCUCAAGUUGAAUACUCUAAUGGGAGAAGGAAUUUGUUCCCUUGUUGACCUGCUUGUUCAGUUAGCAAGGGACUUAAAAUUAGAGGCUUACAUGGAUCAUUACUACAGAGAUUACCCAACUCUAGUCAGAACUACUGGACAAGUGUGUACGAUUGAUCAAGGUCAAACGGGAUUUCUUCAUCAUCCCUCGUUUUUUACGUCUGAGCCGCCAAGUAUUUAUCAGUGGGUGAGUUCUUGUCUGAAGGGCGAAGGAAUGCCACCCUAUCCUUACCUCCCCGGGGUCUGCGAAAGGAGCAGGCUCGUGGUCUUGAGCAUUGCACUCUACAUCCUUGGUGAUGAGAGUUGUGUUUCUGAUGAAGCCUCGCAGUAUUUAUCCAGAGUAACUCUAACCCCCCAAAAGUCACAAGCAGAACAGGAAGAAAACAGGUUUACUUUCCGGCAUUCUGCUUCAGUUUCUAGUCUAGCAGAAAGAUUGGUUGUCUGGAUGACUGAUGUAGGUUUCACUUUAAGAGAUUUGGAGACUCUUCCCUUUGGAAUUGCUCUUCCCAUCAGGGAUGCAAUCUAUCACUGUCGGGAGCAGCCUGAUUCAGACUGGUCAGAAGCUGUCUGCCUCUUGAUUGGACGGCAGGAUCUUUCCAAGCAGGCUUGUGAAGGAAACUUACCCAGAGGCAAAUCUGUGCUCUCAUCAGAUGUGUCUUCAGGAACCGAGGCUGAGGAGGAAGACGAUGGUAUGAAUGACUUGAAUCAUGAGGUUAUGUCAUUAAUAUGGAGUGAAGAUCUACGGGUGCAGGAUGUGCGAAGACUGCUUCAGAGUGCACAGCCUGUCCGUGUCAAUGUGGUGCAGUACCCGGAACUCAGUGACCAUGAGUUCAUUGAAGAGAAAGAAAACAGACUGCUCCAGUUGUGUCAGCGAACUAUGGCCCUUCCAGUAGGACGAGGAAUGUUUACCUUGUUUUCAUAUCAUCCUGUUCCAACAGAGCCAUUGCCUAUUCCUAAAUUAAAUUUGACAGGGCGAGCCCCUCCACGAAACACAACUGUAGAUCUUAAUAGUGGGAACAUCGAUGUGCCUCCCAAUAUGACAAGCUGGGCCAGCUUCCAUAAUGGUGUGGCUGCUGGCCUGAAGAUAGCCCCUGCCUCCCAGAUAGACUCAGCUUGGAUUGUUUACAACAAGCCAAAGCAUGCGGAGUUAGCCAAUGAGUACGCUGGAUUUCUCAUGGCCCUGGGUCUGAAUGGGCAUCUUACCAAGCUGGCUACUCUCAAUAUCCAUGACUACUUAACUAAGGGCCAUGAAAUGACAAGCAUUGGAUUGCUGCUUGGUGUUUCUGCUGCAAAACUUGGCACCAUGGACAUGUCAAUUACCCGGCUUCUUAGCAUUCAUGUUCCUGCUCUCCUACCCCCAACAUCCACAGAGCUUGAUGUGCCUCACAAUGUCCAAGUGGCUGCAGUGGUUGGCAUUGGCCUUGUUUAUCAGGGCACAGCUCACAGACAUACUGCCGAGGUCCUCUUGGCUGAAAUAGGGCGCCCCCCUGGUCCGGAAAUGGAAUAUUGCACUGACAGAGAGUCCUACUCUUUAGCUGCUGGCCUGGCCCUGGGUAUGGUUUGCUUGGGGCACGGCAGCAACUUGAUCGGUAUGUCUGAUCUCAAUGUGCCUGAGCAGCUAUAUCAGUACAUGGUUGGAGGUCAUAGGCGUUUUCAAACUGGAAUGCACAGGGAGAAACAUAAAUCUCCAAGUUACCAAAUCAAAGAAGGUGAUACUAUAAAUGUGGAUGUGACUUGUCCAGGUGCUACUCUGGCUUUGGCUAUGAUCUACUUAAAAACCAAUAACAGAUCCAUUGCCGACUGGCUGCGAGCUCCUGAUACCAUGUAUUUGCUGGACUUUGUGAAGCCAGAAUUUCUCUUGCUUAGGACACUUGCUCGGUGCCUGAUUUUAUGGGAUGAUAUUUUACCAAAUUCCAAGUGGGUUGACAGCAAUGUUCCUCAGAUUAUAAGAGAAAAUAGUAUCUCUUUGAGUGAAAUUGAAUUGCCUUGUUCAGAGGACUUGAAUUUGGAAACCUUGUCGCAAGCACACGUCUACAUAAUUGCAGGAGCCUGCUUGUCUCUGGGUUUUCGAUUUGCUGGCUCAGAAAACUUAUCAGCAUUUAACUGUUUGCAUAAAUUUGCAAAAGAUUUUAUGAAUUAUUUAUCUGCACCCAAUGCUUCUGUAACAGGGCCCUACAACCUCGAAACCUGUCUGAGUGUUGUCCUGCUGUCCCUCGCCAUGGUGAUGGCUGGCUCUGGGAACCUGAAGGUGUUACAGCUCUGUCGCUAUCUGCAUAUGAAGACGGGUGGAGAGAUGAACUAUGGUUUCCACUUGGCCCAUCACAUGGCCCUGGGUCUUCUCUUUUUGGGAGGAGGAAGGUACUCUUUGAGCACAUCUAACUCGUCCAUUGCUGCUCUUCUCUGUGCCCUUUACCCACAUUUCCCAGCACACAGCACUGACAACCGGUAUCAUCUCCAGGCCCUCCGGCACCUCUAUGUGUUAGCUGCAGAACCAAGGCUUCUGGUCCCUGUGGAUGUGGAUACAAACACACCCUGCUAUGCCCUUAUAGAAGUUACUUACAAGGGCACUCAGUGGUAUGAACAGACCAAAGAAGAACUGAUGGCUCCAACCCUUCUUCCAGAACUUCAUUUGUUAAAGCAGAUGAAGGUUAAAGGACCAAGAUACUGGGAACUGCUCAUAGAUUUAAGCAAGGGAGACCAGCACUUGAAGUCCAUUCUUUCUAAGGAUGGAGUUUUGUAUGUAAAGCUCAGGGCAGGCCAGCUGUCCUACAAAGAAGAUCCAAUGGGGUGGCAGAGUUUGUUAGCGCAGACUGUUUCUAACAGGAACUCGGAUGCCCGGACUUUCAAGCCAGAAACAGUUUCAUCAUUCACUUCUGAUCCAGCGCUUCUGUCAUUUGCUGAAUAUUUCUGCAAACCAACUGUGAGCAUGGGUCAAAAACAGGAGAUUCUGGACCUCUUUUCUUCAGUACUCUACGAGUGUGUUACUCAGGAAACCCCAGAGAUGUUGCCUGCCUACAUAGCAAUGGAUCAGGCUAUAAGAAGUCUUAGAAAGAGAGACAUGUCAGAUACAUCUGAUCUUUGGCAGAUAAAGUUAAUUUUAGAGUUUUUCAGUUCCCGAAGCCACCAGGAGAGGCAGCAGGACCCUAAGCGAGGUCUCUUUAUGAACUCUGAGUUCCUGCCUGUGGUGAAGUGCACUGUUGAUGCCACCCUGGAUGAGUGGCUGCAAGCUGGAGGGGAUGCGGCUGUGCACGCCUACCUCAGCGGGCAGCCUGUUGACAGAUCUCAGCUAAACAUGCUGGCCUGCUUCCUGGUCUACCACUCUGUGCCAGCACCACGACACUUGCCGCCUCUGGGACUGGAAGGGAGUACAAACUUUGCUGAGCUCCUCUUCAGGUUUAGACAGCUGAAGAUUCCAGUCCGUGCUUUGCUCAGACUGGCUCCCUUGCUGCUUGGAAACCCACAGCCGAUGGUUAUGUGACCACAUCUGGUAGUCAGCCUACCUGAAAUGACCACAGCAUAGAAUCGUAAUGACAGCAAAGCUACAGCAGCAUUUCUCUUCGGUGAGCCGUGGAACUCGGAGGCGUAUGCCUCACUGUGUUUAAGAUCUGUGUCGGAAAUGCUCCAGAGACACUGUUGCUGUCCAUGUGUCAUUAGCCAAUGUGUAAGAGACGGUUCAAAUGCUCUUUUGUAAAUAAAGAUUUUUGGUUUGUUUUCAAAA